AUGAGUGAAUUGAAUAAAGAAGAGGAAGCAGAAGCAGCAGUAAUAGUAGAAAAAGUAAAAGAAGAAAACAUGUUAUCGGAUAAUUUAGAAACAAAGAAACCGCCUCCUAAUUGGUUCAUUGUGCAGGAAGUAAUAAAUCGACAAAUAGGUAGUAAUCCAUUAUUCCAAAGAAGAUUUUGUAGUUCUUUACAUGCAGUAAAUCGACUGGAGUUUAAGUACAAACUCCAUGACGUUGGGAAUGUGAGUGCCUUAAGUUUCAAUCAAAAAGGAAACUUAUUAGCAAGAGCCGCUGUAAACAAAGUUAUUUCUAUUUGGGAUUGGGCUGCAAGGAAAAAGGCUGCAAAGCGUUGUUGCCUUCCAAGUGGCAAUGACUUCCUAAUAAGCGAGGCCAAAUGGCUCCCUUUAGACGUAGAAAAUUUGAUGGUCACUCGUAGUCUCCAUGGUGAUAUACAUUUAUUAGAUCUUGAAUACAACUCAUGGAAACCAUUGUUGCACUAUGAAUCAUCCUUUCUUGAUUCGGUAUCACGUAGACAACAUUUUAUGAGUGACAGGUCAUUGGCUGUGCAUCCUGAAAUACCCUAUGUUGUGUUUUCUGCUGGAAACGGCUCGAUUUCAUCCAUAGAUAUCCGGGAGGAUACAUCAAAACUGCUCGAUAUAAAGAGCCUUCGAAGUAGAAUUUUAACAAGUAUACAUUGUAAUCCUUCUAAUAGUAAUGAAUUUUGUGUCAGCGGUAGUUUUCCCUGCGUAAGGGUGUAUGAUCAGCGAAAUAUUUCCAAACCACUUUAUCAAUUGUCGACCACCAAGUAUCACAAGAAGGAUAAUGCAAGAAUCGCCAUGUAUAAUCACGAUGGGACAGAGAUUCUCACAUUGUUUAAUCCUUCCAAAAUAUUAUUAUUUGAUAAAUCAAUGUGGUCAUGUGAAGGAAAUUGGAAACAUACAUUAUUUGAACGCAAUCAAUUUAGAUCUGUACCUGGUGUACCUGCUGAGGUAGCCGCGAGAUAUACUAGACAUGGGAUCUCAUCACUGCUUAGGUCAUCCCCAUAUUCCUAUCCUUGCAACGGCAAGUGGGUCCAAAGUCCUGAUAUGGAUGCCUUCGAGGAAUGA